AUGGUGGCCGUCCCCGAGCUCACCCCUGAGGCCUCCCGGCUCCUGGUCUCAGCCGCGCUCUCCCUCGCCGCCCUCCUCCUCCUCCUCACCUUCCUCCCCCCGGCCCCGAGGGGGGGGCACCCGCCAGGUCAGCGCCUGCGGGAGGGACACUGGAACCACACCUACUCGGCGCUGCACCGGAUCAUGGAGAUCGUGGACGCCAUCACCACCACGGCCCAGAGCCACCAGCGGACCUUCGUGCUGGAAGUCAUGGGUCGCCACUGCGGCUACCUGGCACUCAUCACUGCCCUGGCCUGUGGCGCCGACUGGGUCUUCAUCCCCGAGUCCCCCCCCGAGGAUGACUGGGAAGAUCACUUGUGCCGGAGGCUGACGGAGACCCGCCUGGGUGGCUCAAGGCUGAACAUCAUCAUCGUGGCCGAGGGCGCCGUGGACAAGCAUGGCAAGGCCAUCACCUCUGACGACAUCAAAACCCUGGUGGUGAAGCGUUUGGGAUACGACACCCGGGUCACCAUCUUGGGCCACGUCCAGCGUGGCGGGACACCCUCCGCCUUUGAUCGCAUCCUGGGCAGCCGGAUGGGUGUUGAAGCCGUCAUGGCUCUGCUGGAGGGGACCCCUGAGACCCCCGCCCGCGCCGAGUCGGGCAACCAAGCCGUGCGCCUGCCCCUGAUGGAGUGCGUCCAGGUGGUGGAAGAGAUCAGCUGGGAGAGGGUCGGCGGCUGGACUGGGCUGGGAGGAUCCAAACUGGGGACGAAGAGGACCCUGCCCAAGAAAUACUUUGAGGAAAUCAGCACCAACAUCAGCAACUUUGGCAUCCACGGGCUGAUCAUCAUCGGAGGCUUCGAGGCUUUCACGGGCAGUCUGGAGCUGGUGGAGGGGAGAGCCAAGUACGAGGAGCUCUGCAUCCCGCUCUGCGUCAUCCCCGCCACCGUCUCCAACAACGUCCCCGGCUCUGACUUCAGCAUCGGCGCCGACACCGCGCUCAACACCAUCACCACGACCUGCGACCGCAUCAAGCAGUCGGCGGCCGGGACCAAGCGCCGCGUCUUCAUCAUUGAGACCAUGGGCGGCUUCUGCGGCUACUUGGCCACCAUGGCGGGGCUGGCGGGUGGCGCCGAUGCUGCCUACAUCUAGGAGGAGCACUUCAACAUCCACGACCUGCAGCCCACCUCCCUCCCCUGACUGCGCAGGAACGAGCGGUGCAACGAGAACUACACCACCGACUUCAUCUACAACCUCUACUCGGAGGAAGGGAAGGGCAUCUUCGACUGCCGGAAAAACGUGCUGGGGCACAUGCAGCAGGGUGGCACCCCGACCCCCUUCGACAGGAACUUCGGCACCAAAAUGGGUGCCAAGGCGGUGGCCUGGAUCACCGGGAAGAUCAAGGAGUGCUCCCGGCAUGGUCGCAUCUUCACCAACACUGCCGACUCGGCGUGUCUGCUGGGCAUGCGCAAGCGCAGCCUCGUCUUCCAGCCCAUUGCCGACCUCAAGGAGCAAACGGACUUCGAGCACCGCAUCCCCAAGGAGCAGUGGUGGCUAAAGCUUCGCCCCAUCCUAAAAAUCCUGGCUAAGUACCACAUCGAGCUGGACACCUCAGAGAAAGCCCACCUGGAGCACGUCAUGCGCAAGAGCAUGUCAUUCGAGUCCAACAUCUAA